GCAGGGUUGACAGCGCGAGACCCAGGGCACCGGAGAACGUGCCAGAUGUGGACAAAGCCACACCUUGCCAUUUGCGCACUGUCUGUCCCCAUUUGGUUGAGCUCCAGAUGUGUGCCGUGCCUCCUUUGGGCCGCAGGGGGCGGUAGACUCUGGCGGAAAAAAGACAAAUGCGCCGGACUCCUGAAUUGAGAAAAAUCAACAUGAAAGGCGAAGAAACUCGACAGCGGAGAAAGGAAGGCCGAACCAGGAAUGGAGAGCGAUCCAGGCCGAAAGCAAAGAGCAAGAGUAAACACAAAGAGAGCAAACUUGGCAGCCAGGGCACAGAGGAUGGCCCUUUGCUCCUGCCUCAGAAGCAGCCUCCCGAGGCAAAAGUGGCCAUGGCAAAACUACAGGAGGAAUCAACCUUGGCAAUUGGCCUCCAGGUGCUCCUGCCUUACCUGCUGGCAGGCAUGGGCAUGGUCCUGGCGGGAAUGGUCUUGGAUUAUAUUCAGCACUGGAAAGUAUUCAUUAAAAUCAGAGAAAUGUUUAUUCUGAUUCCAGCCCUGAUUGGUUUGAAAGGCAACCUUGAAAUGACCUUGGCAUCUAGACUUUCUACAGCUGCUAAUACUGGCCGGAUGGAUAAUACACAGGAAAAAUGGAAAAUGGCUAUUUGCAAUAUGGCCUUGAUUCAGGUACAGGCCACUGUGAUAGGCCUUCUGGCAGCUGUAGCAGCAAUCCUUCUAGGCGCACUCUCUAAUGGGUAUUUGGAACUGAACCAUGCCGUUGUGUUGUGUGCCAGCAGCCUGACAACAGCAUUUGUAGCUGCCUUUUUUCUUGGAUUGUUGAUGAUUGGUGUGAUCAUUGGAGCAAGAAAGAUUGGGAUAAAUCCAGAUAAUGUUGCUACUCCUAUAGCUGCAAGCCUUGGAGAUUUGAUUACUCUUAGUCUGCUGGCUGGAAUUAGCAGUAUUCUCUUCAGAUAUAUAGAUGUAACAUACCUGUCCCCUAUGGUCUGUACUAUUUUCAUUGUUUUGAUUCCUUUGUGGAUUGCUAUUGCGCGGCAGAGUCCUCCCGUUGCCGAAGUCUUGAAGACUGGAUGGCAGCCAAUUAUAAUUGCAAUGAUCAUCAGCAGGUGUUGGUGGCAAUUUGGUGGCUAUCCAGGCCAGUCGCAUCUCCACGUUUCUCCAUUUCUGGAGCAUGCCUGGAGUCCUGCCACAGAAAAUGAGGCAGCAUUGGCCUAAUCC